UGCAUGUUAUAUUUCUAAUUGACGUUCGCGACUUUCAAUCGACCUAGCUAGAGACGACGUGCGCAAUCCAGUCAACUUUGAGAGAACUUAUGUGUAAAAAAAGUUAAAGCUUUACCAAGGUUUGCAAUGAAUUCACUCAAGGAUUCCAAAUACACUAUCAGCUACAUUUUAGACACAGCGGUCAUCGACUCGAAUACUUAUCGUACGCAUUCUUUGGGUGUAAACUCACUUGAAUACGACCUGGACAGAGAGGUUAUGUUUUCGGGUGGAAGAGAUGGCAUGAUUUUGAUGCAUUCUCCCUCUGAAGAGCUGGAAUUAGAUGCAGAUCACGACGACUUUGAUCAACUGGACCUCACCGCAUCCGAAGUCAAAUGCUUCAUUAAAAAUAAUUUGAGCAACGAACCAGUCAUCUUAUCUCUCGAGGAAAGUAUUCGCCGGGGAAUGGAAUACGUGAGGCCUCGAAAAUCCUGUUACAGAGCAAUAAAGUCGGCUCAGAUGCACCUAGAUUGGAUUACUGAUAUGUGUGUCCUUCCACAAACUUCUUUAGUGGCAUCUUGUUCGCAUGAUUCAGCAGUGAAAAUUUGGAAUUAUGAGACAAAUGUUAUUUCAACUGUUGGGUUUCACAAUGACUAUGUCAAGUCAAUGAAUUUCAAUCGAAAAGAGCUUGUAUCGGGAGGUCUUGAUAGAUCGAUAAGACUUUGGGAUAUAGAGAAACAAGAAGAAACUGCAUCUUUCACGGCGACAGAAGAGAACAGAUCUGUGUAUGCACUUGGUUGUCACGGAAAUUUGAUAGUUUCUGGGGGUCCUUCGCAUAUUAUUUACUUGUUUGACAAACGGAGUAUGAAAAAACCAGUAAGAUCAUUUAUUGGUCAUACAGAUGCCGUUCGCAGUAUAUGCCUGAAAGAACGUGGAAUACUUUCAGGGUCAUCUGACGCGACGAUAAAGCUAUGGGACUUAAGGACAAACAGGAUAAUGAGGAAUCUAGAUAUACAUGAAUCGUCUGUUUGGUCGCUUUAUGUGCCCGAAGAGCAAUCAGAUUUUGAUAUUUUCUAUUCAGGUGACAAGAACGGCCUUCUAAUCAAAACGGAUUUGCGAUCGUCCAACCUAUGCGACUUUGAUAUUUUCAACGAGGAUUACUUGAAUUCUAGAAUGAAUCAAAAUCUUGGCAUAGCCACCGCACUUGCAGAUUUGAAUUCCCAUUCUGUACUCAAUUCGAACAGAAAUGGACAAUAUAAUAAAGCAGGAGUUCUCAGUAUUACAGGCUCUAGCAGUUCUAUAUGGGCAUCUAGCGCCAAUAAUGAUUUAGGGUUCAUUACUAAUUGGGUUAUUCCUAAGACAGACAAAUUCCUGCUCUAUCAAGGCAUCAAGCUCAACAAAAAUCUGUCGAUGUUGAAUAUAACGAGUCGAAACUCACUCGAAACCACCCGUGCGGAAAACCUUGACAUAGCUAGUCAACUAUCAAGUGAAAAUUUGGAUUAUAUUGAUGAUGCUUUGAAAUCACAAAUGAAAUUACACAGGCCCACCUUUGAAGUUGGGGGCCCUUUAUCCGCUGCAAGUGGUUUGAGAAAUAUUACUACGAACGAUUCGGAAAGCGAAUCAGAAUUGGAUGAUGGACGCCAAUCAUAUUUUGUCAAUCUAAACGGGGGUCCAAGCUUCGAAUUCAUUAUCAGUGAUGAUUACGAGGAUUCAAUUCACAAUACAAUAAGGAAUAAGUUUGACAAAAAACCUUUAGACAUCCUUUUUCAAAAACUACCUGAUGGAUACGUUUCUGUUGUUCCUUACAAUUCCAAGCCGAUUGAGGUUUUGCGUGGAGAACAUGGAAUCAUCAAAUGCCGAAUGCUGAAUAAUCGCCGACAUGUGGCCGCUCUGGAUGAUGGUGGCAAGAUGUACAUUUUUGAUGUCGUGGAUUGCUCGCUUAAAAGAGAGAUACACUUUUUUGAUCAUGAUAACAAAGGGGCACAAAUGGACAUUGAUACACUAUUUGAUGAAUUUAUUCAAAGUAUCCAAACUAUGGAAUCUCUUCCGAUGUGGUGUAGCGCUCAUGCAAAAGCUGGGAAAUUGGUGAUCACUAUGGAGGAAUCAAAUUAUGCUAGCUGCGAUAUCUACUUAGACGAAUUUGAGAUGGAAUAUAAGAAUUUCAGGUUUGACUAUGAUGAAAACAUGGAACCAGAAUCGACAAAGGUGAAUGUUGGAAAGAUGGUACUGAAAUCCUUAUUUCUUGGUUUUGCUGAUUAUGAGAGAGAUUCUCUCAGGACGAGAAGUGCAAGUUUCUCUGGCAAUCAGGCUACUAUUAGACGCGUUUCCACGAGUUCAUCGAAUGUUUUAACGAAAGUCAUUAACAAAGAAAAUCUGGUUUCCCUGGCAAGUGUCAAUGACUCCAUUGGUGAGAAGUCAUCCGAAGCGGACAAGGAAAAGUCAAAACGGAAGUUCUUCAGCAAGGUCAAAACUGCUUCUCCUAGCACGACUCUCCCCUCGAAUAAUGAGGCUUCUUCCGCUGAACAACCCAAAAAGUUGACACAGGCAGACAUAUUGACUAAUGUUAGCAGCUACAGUGAAUUGCAAAAUUAUGUUGCUUCAGGUCAACUUAAGCCGAAAAUUGAUGUUGAUCAUAACCCUGAAGUUACCCAGUCCAAUGAUGUUCUUAUAGUCAUAAGCGAAAAGGGAAAGACCGAAACAAAAGCUUUGUUUAGUUUCCGAAAAUCAGAAAUUGCGAGUAACUAUAAAGCACUGGAGAAGAUUAUGCCUUUAUGGGCUCUCAAAUACUUGCUAUUUGGUUACGCCACUGUCAAAGAAACUCCAAAAAUUGUGUUCUCACUUGUUCCCCAUCCGUCGAUUAAAGCUGAAAGUCUGGAAGGUUUUGAUUCACACCGCCUAAAUGCUUAUCAACAAUUACGAAUUGCAAGAGUGUGUGAGUUUGUCAAAGAAAAGCUACCGGAAUCAUUGCAGGACAAGAAAAUUGAAUUAUGGUGUAAGGGUCAGAAACUGGACCCUCGCAUGACUCUAAUUACGGUGAAGACUCGAAUAUGGAGGACAAGUGCAGACACUGAAUUAGUGUUCAACUUUGAAAGCUGAUCUACUAGUUAC